AUGGCCUCCAUCACCACCGCCGGCGAAGCAGUCGCUCGCAUCGCAUACCUCUCCUCCGACGCCGUCGUCUCCGUCCAGCCCUCCCUCGCCGCCGACUCGGAAUUCUCCAAGCACCUCAAGCAGUACGCCGCCAAGGAAGCCUCGAGUAUCGUGUGCAGACAGACGCCAGAGAUAUACUCUGUACGGCACAAUGCAGACCCGUUGCUGGACGUCUACAGUCGCGUGCGCAAUGGCAAGAUCACGACCGUCACUACCGGAAGCGGCGUGCUGGUCAAGAGCAUACCCCACCUCUACCGACUCGCCCAAUAUCCCGUGGUCAUCCACGUGAGCCUGCAUCCCAGUGGGUUUCCUGAUUAUGGCGACAUCACGAGCAUCAGAAACACGGGCUUUACAUUCCUGCAGAGCAAUUCGUUGCAAGAGGCGCAAGACUUGGCAUUGACCGCACACGCAUUGGCUAUCCGGAGUGGAAGAGGUGUCAUCCAUUUCUUCGAUGCAGCUAACAGCCAACAAGACUCGCCUAUUCCACACGAGAGUCGGCAGUGGGUGUCGAGUGUCAUUCCUAUGGAUGUGGCGAGACAAUACCAGGCCACAAAGAGCGACGAAUCCAACAUCUAUGUUAGCGAAGGACUCGCACCGCAGAGGGCUUCGGGCAUUGAGAUUGGCGGCAACACUGAACAAUUGGCACCUUCAGGCGCAGCUUCUGGCCUGGCUAGCCCAAGGGAUGCUUCGUCUGCUUCUUCCUCUUCCUCGGACCGGAAAAAUAGCAGUUCGGGAGCUUCCGAGGCCGAAUCCGCUACCACGAUCGAGUCGCAGCCGAAGCCGGUGAGCUCUGAGGAUGUCGAUACGACUUGUACAGCUAUCUGGGCACAGAUCAAGGCGCAGACUGGACGGCAAUACAGUGCAUUCCACUACACCGGCCCAGCGAACGCCGAGAAUGCCUUGUUCCUUUUUGGUAGCGACCCUGGACUUUUCAGCGCAGAAUUCGAUGCUGCAACUCCAGCCGACUUCUUCUCGAGAGUAGGCUUAAUCACGCCUGUCCUUUACAGGCCAUGGCUCACAGAGCGUUUGAUUGCAGCGGUGCCACGAUCUGUGAAGAGGAUAGCGGUUUUGGAGCAAAUUAAGAGGAAGACCACGAAAUGGGGACCAAUCUUGCUGGAUCUGCUCAUGUCGUUGAAGUCGAAUGCGGAGGGCGGUGCAGCUCCUCUUAUCGUUGGAUAUCAAUUGGGCUAUAUCGAGUACACCACCAUCACCCAGGCUCUGAGCGGCAUCUUCCAGAACUUGACCUCGAAGUCACCGAUUCAGAAUCUCGAGAUUGGAGCCCACAAUGGACCUCAGGCCUCGCAGAAAGAGUUGGAGCUUAAGCAACCUGCGCUGGAGAAUGCAUACAUGAAGAUUCUGGAUCACCUCUUUGGUCAACGACUAUACAUCGCAAACGCGCUCAAGGCACAGAAUGCUGGUAUUGGUGAUACUGUACGAGCCUCCCCAGAGUUUGGAUUUGGAUCUCUCCUCGCACGAAAGGAGCACCGCAAGCGGUUCAUUGCGGAAGUGGAGGCCGCUGCGAAGACCAGAGACUUCACGACCGACACCCCGCAGAAGUGGUUGUCGCAGUGGGCACUCGUAGCUGAGGAGAACGACAAGGCGAACAAGCUGGCUCCAGAGGUUGUGAGCCGACUCUCCAACGAUGGAUCUCCUGCAGCAUCCAAGCUUCUCAGCGCGAAGGGUCUCUUCUACAAGGAAUCCCAAUGGCUUAUUGGCAGCGAUGCGUGGAGCUACGAUCUCGGCAACAGCGGUGUCCACCACGUGCUGGCAAGUGGCGAGAAUGUCAACCUGCUCAUCAUCGAUUCGACCCCCUACAGCGAGCGUGCAGCUGCUGAUGCUGCUCGGAGAAAGAAGGACAUUGGCUUGUACGCCAUGAACUUCGGCAACGCCUACGUCGCCAGCACUGCCGUGUACAGCAGCUACACCCAAGUCCUGCAGGCUAUGCUAGAGGCCGAGCAGUUCGAGGGUCCUUCCGUGGUCUUGGCCUACCUUCCAUACGACAAGGAGUCCGACAGUCCAUUGAAGGCUUUGCAGGAGACGAAGAAGGCUGUCGAUCUUGGAUACUGGCCACUUUACCGAUGGGACCCCAAGGCCGAAGAGAAGAACGAGGAGAACUUCAAACUUGACUCUGAGCGCAUCAAGGAGGAACUGAAGGCAUUCUUGGCUAGGGACAACAAGUUGACCCAGCUCAUGAGACGGCAUCCGCAAUUCCACGCGAACCUCUCUGAAUCCUACGGGUCUGAAGUCCGCAAGGUGCAGAAGAGGAAGGCCAAGGGUGCGUAUGAAGCUCUCCUCGAAGGUCUUCAGGGCGCUCCAAUGACGGUUCUCUUCGCUUCCGACAACGGCAACGCUGAGAAUCUGGCUAAGAGACUUGCAAACCGUGGUAAGGCGCGUGGCUUGAAGACGCUGUCCAUGGCCAUGGACGAUUACCCAGUUGAGGACCUUGCGAGUGAGGAGAACGUCAUCUUCAUCAGUUCCACUGCCGGACAGGGAGAGUUUCCUCAAAACGGACGCAACAUGUGGGAGGCUGUCAAGAACUCAACCGAUCUUGAUCUUGCAGGCGUGAACUACUCCGUCUUUGCUCUUGGUGACUCUCACUACUGGCCACGCAAAGAGGACAAGCACUACUACAACAAGCCAGGAAAGGAUCUCUUCGCACGUCUGGCCACUCUCGGCGGCAAGUCGAUCGUCGAUUGCGGCCUUGGUGAUGACCAGGAUCCUGAUGGCUACCAGACGGGAUACCAGGAGUGGGAGCCAAAGCUUUGGGAUGCUCUGGGUGUUGGGAAUAUUGAGGGUCUGCCAGAGGAGCCGCCGCCAAUGACGAACGAGGACAUCAAGAUCCAGUCGAACUUCCUGCGCGGUACCAUCCAGGAGGGUCUUGAUGAUCCCUCGACCGGCGCCAUCUCUGCCGCUGACCAGCAGCUCACCAAGUUCCACGGCACAUACAUGCAAGAUGACCGUGAUCUGAGAGAUGAGCGCAAGGCACAAGGUCUUGAACCAGCUUACAGCUUCAUGAUCCGAUGCCGAUUACCUGGUGGUGUCUCUACGCCAAAGCAAUGGAUUCAGAUGGACGACAUCUCAACCAGCCUUGGCAAUGAGACGAUGAAACUUACGACCCGCCAGACAUUCCAAUUCCACGGUGUGGUCAAGGCCAAGCUGAAGCCAGCAAUGCAGGCUAUCAACCGCGCACUCAUGACGACCAUCGCUGCUUGCGGGGAUGUUAACAGAAAUGUGAUGUGCAGCUCUUUGCCAGAGAUGAGCAGCUUGCACGCUCAGGCACAAGAAUCCGCCCAAAAGAUCUCGGACCAUCUCCUGCCAAGCACGACUGCCUACCACGAGAUCUGGCUCAAGGGCAUGGAUGGUGAGAAGGAUGUCCAAGUUGCUGGCGAUGCGGUGCAAGACUUUGAGCCUCUUUACGGUCCGACGUACCUCCCCCGAAAGUUCAAGAUUACGAUUGCUGUUCCACCUCACAACGACACCGAUGUAUACGCCCACGACAUCGGUCUCAUCGCCAUCCGCGACAAGGGCGACCUCGCCGGUUUCAACUUGCUUGCUGGUGGUGGUAUGGGUUCGACGCACAACAUGAAGAAGACCUACCCACAAAUCGGUCGCAUGUUCGGUUACGUCGACAAGUCGCAGGUGCACAUUGCUUGCGAAAAGAUUAUGCUCGUGCAGCGUGACAACGGAGAUCGCAAGAACCGCAAGCAUGCUCGCCUGAAGUACACCAUCGACGACAUGGGUGUCGAUGUCUUCAAGGGCCAGGUUGAGGAGCUUUGGGGACAGAAGUUCCAAGAGCCGAAGCCAUUCAAGUUUGACAGCAACAUCGAUACCUUUGGCUGGCUCAAGGAUGAGCGUGGCAUGAAUCACUUCACCAUGUUCAUCGAGAACGGCCGUAUUGAGGACACAGCAGAUUUCCCCAUGAAGACUGGUCUUCGCGAGAUUGCCAAGGUCCACAAGGGCGAGUUCCGAUUGACUGGAAACCAGCAUUUGAUCUUGUCGAAUGUUGCCGAUGCCGAUCUGGACGACAUGAAGGCGAUGCUCAAGAAGUACAAGCUCGACAACACCAACUUCUCCGCCUUGAGGCUGUCGUCGUCUGCAUGUGUGGCGUUCCCAACUUGUGGUCUGGCCAUGGCAGAGUCCGAACGCUACCUGCCAGAGCUCAUUACCAAGCUCGAAGGCGCCAUCGAAGAGAACGGUCUCCGACAAGACAGCAUCGUCAUGCGUAUGACUGGCUGCCCCAACGGUUGCGCGCGACCAUGGCUUGCUGAAGUCGCCUUCGUCGGCAAGGCUUUCGGUGCAUACAACAUGUACCUCGGUGGUGGCUACCACGGCAACAGACUGAACAAGCUGUUCCGUUCCAGCAUCAAGGAGGACGAGAUUCUCAGCAUCAUGAAGCCUCUCCUCAAGAGGUAUGCUCUUGAGCGGAAUGAAGGCGAGAGGUUUGGUGACUUUGUCAUUCGCAUUGGAACGAUUGUUGAGACGAAGGAGGGACGAGACUUUCAUGAUAAUACCGCGGAAGUCGAAGACGACGACGAGUAG